AUGACAGGCCACCAGGCGAAACUAGAGACCAGCAGCGGUCUCUCAUCUCUGGUCAUUAAGAGGUCACUGCGGGAUUCGCUUCGUCUCCGCGGUGAUGCCCUUAAGACGUUGAAUAAUAUCAUGCAAGAUCCCCUUAGAGCAGCCGCUGGGUCUACGACGCUGGUCGUUGCUUCGCUUGUCGCGAUCGAGGCCGUCGAUGGAAACAUCGAGGCUAGUGACGUGCAUAUGAAGGGACUCAAGAGGCUUAUCCAGUUGAUGGGCGGAUUAGAUACUAUAGAGCAUAUGACUCUAUCCAAAGUUUACCAGAGCGACAUCAAAAGCGCUGCUAUUAACAAUACCCGCCCAUCCUUCCCAAUUUCCGCUCGCUGGCGCAGCGAAAUCAUCCAAGGCUUCCGACUCCACCUAAUGCCGGACGAGCUUGACACACCUAAAGAUCUUCCUUCCCUCGGCAUUGUCAUCUUCACUUCCUGCUGGUACACGAAGUUUGAUCGUAAUAUGAAAGCCUUGUUCCAGGUUAUGCGGCGCCUGGUGAUUUACUACGAAAAUGCACAGCGCAAUACGUCUUCUGUAAUGCCCACAGAUAACGAUCUUUUCAUUGUUGCUGAGCAGCAAAUUCUCUGCGUGCGCUACACAACAACAGAUCCAACGGAUAUAAAUGAACCACUCCGCCUCACCUUACUCAUUUACCUAAACCUGCGAAUGUGGCGCGUCCAGUAUUUCCCGUUCAUGGAACAUGUCGUCGAAAAUCUCCGACAGAGCCUUGAUGUUCCAUACUCACAUCUCCAGUCUGAAACACCCGAGCUGCUAUUCUGGAUUCUUGUUCUUGCUAGUCUUGCGUCGCAGGGGUUCAAGUGCCAUGGGUGGUACCUUAACAGGCUGAUUGAGAUGACGGAGCAGUUGGGGUUGUGCGAGUGGGAAGAGGCGAGGGCGGUUUUGGGCACUUUCUUCUACACCGACCAGGCUAGCCAGAAGAUGGUUGAGAAGGAUCUUUGGAAUGAGGUGCUUUGA